AUGGGGUUUCUCGACGCCUUCACAGACGGUGUGUCCAUUGGCCCUGGUGGCAUGUCCCGUCCAUCGAAACACCGACGGGAUGCCUCCAGGUCGCGAAGAAAACAUCGUUCUCGUUCCAGGUCAAGCUCUCGCACGCGCGGCGGCGGCUCCAUUGCGGGCGCUUUGUUAGGCGGCCUAACCGGCGACAGUCACAGUCACUAUAAUAAGCACAAUUCUUCAAGGGGAUCUUUUUUUGGUGUCGGCAACCACAGCCGCUCGAGCUUCUUCAACUUUGGAAAUCGGUCCUCCUACUACAAGCGCUCUCCUCGACAAGGCUUCAUGCAACGAGCGUACAAGCGGCUCAAACGUCUCAUCCGUGACCUCGUCCACUACGCCAAGCGUCACCCAUGGAAGGUCUUCUUCCUCGUGGUGAUGCCCCUCAUCACCACAGGAGCUCUCGCUGGUCUGCUUGCCCGCUUUGGCUUGCGCAUUCCGCCGUCCUUGGAGCGCAUGAUGGGCAUGGCCUCCCGAGCCGCUUCAGGCGACUCGUUCGGACUCGUCAGCGAUGCUGUCCGCAUGGCUGGCGACUUUGGCGGCAACACCCGUCGCGCCAGCGUCUCCCGCGGCCGUGACGGCGGUAUGCAGUGGGAGCGGCGGUCGAGCUAUGGCAGCUACGGCGGCUACGAUGACUAUGGCUAUGGCAGAUCGAGAGGCGGCGGCGACGACGGCUGGGGCAAUACCAUCGCUGGUGUGGCCAAGCGCUUCCUCUAA